CCAUCUUGUCCAACUCUCAGUUCACAUCUUACGAGAAAUUCGCACUUUGUGAAUUUCGUAUCUGUUGAAAAGUUUUUGUUUCCUACCUCACAUUGCAAUAUCAUGGCUUCUCUGCAACCACGACUUCUCUCCCGCACCGUGCGUCAGCUGUGCAGACAGCAACCACGCCCGUUGUGCCUCAAUGCUCGCCGUCAUGCGUCUACCAAACACCCCAAGGGCUUCGUCCCACCCACGCAGAGCGACCUAGACGAACUGCGGGAAAGAGUCCAGGAAUUCACACGCCGCGAGAUCCCAGAGACCCUUGCACAGAAAACCGACGAGGAGAACGCAUUUCCCAACGACAUGUGGGCGAAAUUCGGCGAGGCGGGAUUCUUGGGAAUAACGGCCGAUGAGGACUUUGGUGGCCUUGCAAUGGGAUACCAAGCACAUUGCGUAGUGAUGGAGGAGAUAUCGAGGGCGAGCGGCAGCAUUGCGCUCUCCUAUGCCGCGCACUCACAACUAUGCGUUAAUCAAUUGAUGCUGAAUGCAAAUGCCGAGCAGAAGGCGAAGUAUUUGCCUGGUUUGAUCAGCGGAGAGCAAAUAGGCGCAUUGGCUAUGAGCGAGCACUCCGCCGGCAGUGAUGUCGUCAGCAUGAAGACGACAGCAAAGGAAGUCGACGGCGGCUAUCUAUUGAACGGCACCAAGAUGUGGAUCACAAAUGGACCCGAUGCACACACGAUAAUAGUUUAUGCCAAAACCGAUCCCCAGGGUGCCAGCAAAGGCAUCACGGCAUUCAUUGUUCCCACAGACACCAAGGGAUUCUCGUGCGCUAAGAAGCUUGACAAGCUCGGUAUGCGCGGUUCGAACACCGGAGAACUCGUCUUUGAGGAUGUCUUCGUUCCCAAAGAAAACGUUCUCGGCCAGGUCAACAAGGGUGUCCGCGUUUUGAUGGAGGGUCUUGACCUUGAGCGCCUGGUGCUGAGUGCUGGACCAUUGGGCUUGAUGCAGGCAUCGCUGGACGCGGUCUUGCCCUACGUCCACACAAGAAAACAGUUUGGCCAACCCAUCGGGCACAACCAGCUUGUCCAGGGCAAACUCGCAGACAUGUAUACAAAAUACCGCGCGUCUCAAGCAUUUACGUACUCGGUCGCGAGGGCUGUGGAUGAGAGUCACGAAUCAGUAGACGUUAAAACCCAAGAUUGCGCUGGCGCCAUCUUGUAUGCAGCAGAACGGGCGACGGAGACUGCGCUAGAUGCAAUUCAGCUGAUGGGCGGUAUGGGUUAUAUGAACGAAGUGCCCGUUGGAAGGAUACUUCGGGAUGCAAAGCUAUAUGAGAUUGGCGCAGGUACGAGCGAAGUGAGGAGGAUGGUCAUUGGACGAGCUUUUAACAAGGAGUACGCGGAGGGGAGGUAGAUACCUACGCGAGUAGAUUAGAAUCAUUUUUUAGCAGUGCUCCACUAAUUACUGGUCCAUCGAAUGCCUUCCAUGGGCCACGAGUAAUACGAUGUUGGCCCUAUUCAGUGUCGUGAAGCCCUACAAAGGUGCUGAAAGUUAGCGGACCGCGGAAGUAUAUAAAUAGAACACCCGGAUACCAGCAAGCAUAAUUACGAGCACAUAUUCGUCCUCCCUAGAUAGACUAUCAUAGAUCAUACGCGUACGCCUCGUAGUGUAUUGCUCAUU